GCUACUUUCAACAGCAGCAACAGUUAGUCAGACACCUCCGUAGCUUGCUAGACAAAUUAGCCGAACCAAUAUAGCUCUAUAGACGCUUUAGUGUAUAUUAGCCACUGUGUUUUAAACCCAUUUCUGUCGUCUAGUUAGUUAUCCGAUUUAAUUUCAUAUUUACGGUGUUGUUAUUAUUCAGCUAGCGGGCUGGUUAAGUUAGCAUUAGCCUAGCUAGCUAACAUCCCCGACCAUGCGGUCACUAAGCUACUCUCCUUCUAAUGAAGAGAAGGAUAUCACAGUAAAUCAAGAAGUAUGGGGUACUGUGAAAGAAGAGGAGGACGCGUUCAGAGUGAAAGACGAGGACGAUAUCACAGUAAAACAAGAAGUAGGGAGUGGGGCCGUUACUGUGAAAGAAGAGGAGGGCGCGUUCAGAGUGAAAGAGGAGGAUGAUGUCACAGUAAAAGGAGAGGAAGAUGCAGUUUAUGGCGUGAAAGAGGAGGGGGAGGAGAUUACUUUUACAUCGAAAAAGGAGGAGGAAGAAGAGGAGGAACCUGGAUAUCUGGGCCCGGUUUCCCAAACGCAUCUUAAGGCAUCCAAUGGUUCUAACGAUGAAUUUAGCCAUAAGAUGGUUUUGAGAAACCGUUCCGCGAUUAACACUAGAGAGAGACGGGACUACCGUGGAUCCUCUGGGGAGCCUCAACAACCUCAUGACGCUGAGGAGACAGAGAAGAGACUCUCCACAUUAGAACACCCCAAGAAACACCUGCAGAGAUCCACAGGGAAGAGAACUCUCUGCUGCUCUGACUGUGGGAAGAGAUUCACCUCAUCAGGCAUUACAAUUCAUCAGCGAACACACACAGGGGUGAAAUCUUAUAGCUGUGAUCAAUGUGGGAAGAGUUUUACUACAUCUGGCUCUCUGACGUUACACCAGAGAACACACACAGGAGAGAAACCUUAUAGCUGUACUCAAUGUGGGAAGAGUUUUACUCAGCUCAGCAGCCUAAUAACACACCAGAGAAUACACACAGGAGAGAAACCUUAUAGCUGUACUCAAUGUCGGAAGAGUUUUACUAAUCCAUCCGGCCUGAUAUCACACCAGAGAACACACACAGGAGAGAAACCUUAUAGCUGUACUCAAUGUGGGAAGAGGUUUACUCAACAAUGCAACCUGAUAUCACACCAGAGAAUACACACAGGAGAGAAAUCCUAUAGCUGUGAUGAAUGUGGGAAGAGUUUUGCCCAAUCUGGAGCACUGACAGUGCACCAGAGAGUACACACAGGAGAGAAACCUUAUAGCUGUGGUCAAUGUGGGAAGAGUUUUGGUCAAUCUGGAGAUCUGAGAGUGCACCAGAGAACACACACAGGAGAGAAACCUUAUAGCUGUGGUCAAUGUGGGAAGAGUUUUGGUCAAUCUGGAGAUCUGAGAGUGCACCAGAGAACACACACAGGAGAGAGACCUUAUAGCUGUGAUCAAUGUGGGAAGAGUUUUGCCCAAUCUGGAGCGCUGACA